UCCUUACCUGAAUAUUGAAAAAUAUUACUACACAUGGAGCUCCAUUGAUACUGAUAUUUUUACAACUUACUUUGUGUAUGAAAAUCAGACUCUUCACAAACUUUCAUAUAUAUUAUAACUCCUCGAACACUAUAAUAUAAAAAUUUAACCUGCAGAAAUGCACGCCGUCAAAGCUUUCACUCCUACCGUACCUUAAGCCGAUAUUACAGUUUCUUCCGAUAGGUGGCUUGGGGAUGAACUUGAAUCGCUAAUUACCUCGGACCGCUCGGACUUGUCUGAACCGUUCGUUUAUUACUAGGGAUGGGACGGUAUUUCAGUAACCGCGAUUUUGGAACGGUAUUUUUGAGUAACGUUAUCGCGCGUUCCACAAACGUAAAGUAACCGGUCCCAAAGUAACGAUAGUUACGGCGUACCGGCACCGGACUAAUACCGGAAUAAUAACAUCGAAACGGUUUGGGAUAGUUGAACGAGGUUUGAUAAAUAUGGAUACCUCAUUAAGGUUUCACGUUGAAUACCACGUCUUCAGCAACUACAGUGUUGUGCGUACUGGCAUUGACUUUCAUAUUUGUGAAAAAAAAUAGUACGCCAGUGCCUUUUACAAAAACUAAAUUAUGAUCGCUCAAAAACUCCUGCUGUCAAUGCUUUUAAAAUUUUUUACAUUCAUUUGCGCCAUGUUCAAUGAAAAGAAAUUCUUUUACCUGUAACUUCUUAAAACUCGUUUCUGCCAUUGUGUUUUUAGUGUCUAAUGGAAUUUUUUUUUUCUAUGGUAUCUACCAAAAUUAGAACUAAACAAUUCGAUUCAUGAUUUUCAAUAUUUUCGAUGUUUUUUUUGAAUAUUUUUUGAUAAUUUCUUUGAUAAAAAUUGGUUGCAGCAAAUGUAUAUUAUUGAACCUUAUUCUCAAUUGAAUCAAUCGUAAAUGCAAAUAUACUUAAAAAUUCUCUGUAAAAUAACGGUAAACAAAAAAUCGAUUCUAGAUAUAUAUGUGAAAUGAGUAUAUAUCAAUUUAUAAUAUUCAGUCAAUUUGACAAUGAAAUUCCAGAUGCACAUAUAGAUAUAAUUUCUUUCACGUAAUACCUAGAUUACCCGAUGAUGGUAUAUUUCCACUGGAGUUUACAUCAUCUGCUUUUAAUGAGGUGCCCUUCGAAGAUUCUAACCUUUGUUGUUAUUCUGAGCCACCAAAAUUUUUUUAUGGUUUUAUGACUUUGUUAUGCUUGCAUACGUCCUUCUAGAUCUAGAAUUACGUAGAAACUCAAUGAACAAUGAAUUAUCAUUCAACAGGACAGUCCUCAAUUAGUCUAGGUAUCCCAACGGUCUCGUUUCCUUCAUUCCUCCGUCGCUGGGACUCAACUUAGUUGCAAUCGCCUACGGUUUUGUUACCUGUAACCACAGUUACAAAAUCGGGGUAUUUUGGAGCGGUAUUUUUCUGGAGCGGUCGCGAAUGUAACGCGACUGGUGAGUAACCGGUAUUCCCAUCCCUAUUUAUUACAUCCAGAUUGAGGGGAAUACACAUCUGAAGCGUUCGGCAAAGAUAUCUGAGCAAUCGGAUGUCAAUCUUUUUCGUCGGACGUUUUCGACCUAGCAAAACGAUUUUAUCCACAGAGUUUAUCUUUGUCUAUGAAUUAUUAGAUUUUAUCUGUCUAUAAUGCUUGUUUGUUUAUAAAAAUUAACAUUUCGUCGUAGUUUGUAUUGAAAAAUUUCAAUACCUAACUUGUUAUACUUCUAUAAUUGGAUUUUAAAUAAAAUUAUGGGUAUGGAAUGCAGAUAACAAAUGAAUAGGCUGUGUGUAUAUUUUUGGAAUGAGAUAUCUGGUGGUGACUUUGGACAAUAUCAUUAGUAAUUAAUUAUAUAAAGCGUUCAGUUUAUUCAGAAGAGCGAUGGACAUUCAAGCUAGGGAUAUGAAGAAAAAAGCUGACCAUGUUUACAAUAUAUGAAGCGGACUGGUUUCAUUACUUCUAAAUAAAUGAGACAGACUUCAGUGAAUUUUCCACCUUAUCAUAUCGAAAUUAUGUAAUAGAUGAAGCAGAAGAAAUUUACUCCUUCAAGGGUAUCGACUGGGACAUCAGUGUCCCAGAAGUAUUUUAUAAAUGUCUUGUUUGGUAAUAAUAAUAAUACCCAGCAUGGAAUUGAUUGGGAAUAUGAAGCCAGAUCAGUGUAUUCAAGUUUCAGAGAAAAAAUACCAUAUUCAGGAAAAGGACUUGAAGUUUGUCAGUCAGACCCAAGGCUUGUUGCUUUUCUGAAUGGUGUUAUUUUCAAGAAAUUAUUGGAAAUCAAAUGUCUAUUCAUUGGUCAAAUUAUUUCUGCUGAAAAUACUGAGCACCAUUGCCAAUAUUUGAGAAGAGGAAAAGCCAGCUAAUUUGAAAGAAUGAAUAAACAUUAUGCUAGAGUCUGAUUAAGUAUGGCAAUUAUGAAUUUGAAAAAUUGCGACUCUAUAGUGUUCUCAUCUGGUGAUAAGACGCUCAAAACUGUUAGUGAGCCAUUUGAUGAAGAAUUCACAAAAAAUAAGUCUUAAAACUUGUAAUGAUUUAUUUUAAAAAUAUGUUUUACACUUUGUGUAGCAUGAAAGUUUAAAUUUUUCAAUUAGAAAGAUAUUUUUCCAAGCCUUAAUUGUACUGUAAUAAGACCAUCCAGAAUAAGAAAAGUUCCGAAUCAUACAUGUCUGAAGUUAUACAUGUUAUAACUUCCAGAUUAUAUAUAUUAUAUAUAUUUGAGUCCAGUUGUUAUUAGUAAGAGAGUAAAGGAUUUGCUAUUGGAUCAUACAAUAUACAGGUUGAGUGAUUUUUUUAGGAAUCAUUUUGUAAAUGUAAUAUAUUGUGUGCGCAUGAUUGAUUAAGUAUCUAGGUUUCCACAUGCGUUUAUAAGUUCAGUAUUCGGAAAGAUUUUAUGUUAGUAGUCGAGAUUGAGAAAUUGUAUAUCGAAUAAACCUGUAAAUCACCAAACGUAGUUUUCUUAUGGACAUGACAAUAAUCUGGCGACGAGGAUUAUGGUAAAAAUUGUUGGAUUGCUUAUUCCGGCUUAUGAAUUUUAAAGAGUAUGUCGGACGCAGAUGGUGCUGCAAGUUCUCAACCUAGUUCCAGAGGAAGAAGUCCAUCCAGUGAAGUGAGAGUGAGCUGGGUGUACGAACUUAAUAAACAAGAACUAAUUGAAAAACUAAAAACGUAUAACGUUACUGUGAGUGAAACUGAUAGUGUUGAUAACCUUCGAAAAACGCUCGUCAAAAAACUUCGUGGAAAAAACGAAACUUUCACAAAGAAGGAACUAUACCGGUGCGACAUGUCCGACUUUAAUAAAAUAAGUUUUACCCUAAACAAAGACAAUUGGGAAGUUUUUAUCGAAAGACUAGAAUUAAUUUUCGAGUAUCAGUGUAUUCCGCCGGAAAGACAAAGUGCAGAACUGUUAACAAGGGUUUGUCAAGAGACUUUCAUGUUGUUUCGCAAUUUAACUUCACCAAAAAAGGCCAAAGAUCUUUCCUACUCUGAUUUAGUUAAUAUCAUGAACUCUCAUCUUCAUCCAAAGCCUUCAGAAAUUUCCGAAAGAAAUAAAUUCUACGCCACGAAACAAUUACCUUCGGAAUCGAUACACGCAUUCCUUACAAAAUUGAAAGAAAGAUCUUUUUAUUGUAAUUUCAAGGACCUUGAUAUUGCUCUUCGUGAUCAAUUUGUAUUUGGACUUAUAAAUCACGAAACAAAAGUGGAAUUAUUUCGUCAAGAAAAUCUAACAUUUCAAAGUGCAGUGAAGAUAGCGGAGGAUCGAGAAGCAGCUAUAAAAAAUUCCUUAUCAAUGAAGCCCGCAGAUGCUGUGUCUGAAGAUACAAUUUUUUACAUGAAUAAGGCUGGUUCAAAAUAUUCCAAUCAUCAACAAUACAGAGGAAGGGGAAGCGGAAACGCAGAAGGAAAAUUCAAAUCUUCGCAACCAAACAACGCAGCCGCGGCUUCCACUUCCAAAGACCAGAGCCAGAAACUCAUCAGAGACAAUAGACAAAGACAACACGAUAACAGGAGCAGUAACUACAGACGAGAAGACAGAAACGGCAGCCGUAGGUCGAAUGUGUCAAACAAUUCUCAGGUACAUAUAACCUCAAAAACGCGUAAUAAUAAUAAAUGUUAUUGUUGUGGUGGAUUUAAUCAUUUCGACUGUAAACUUAGGUGGAAAACUUGUAAUUAUUGUAAUGUAAAAGGUCAUAUUGAUAGAGCAUGUCUAAAAAAACAAAACGGAAUUAAUUUAGUCAAUGACAACUUAUUCGAAAAUGAAGAUUUGGAUAGUUCUGAUUUAAAUUUUUAUUAUAUGCAGCAAAACAAUUUUACUGAAUUUCAGGUAAACAAUAUUGUGGUAGAACCUCAUAGUAUGAAAUUAAUUAUUGAUAAUAAUCAGGUAGAAUUGGAAGUUGAUACAGGUUCACAUGUGACUGUGUUUUCAGAAAAAACUGUAGCUAAUUAUUUUGCAGCUAAGAAAAUCCACAAGGCAGAUAUUUCAUUGUCCAGCUAUGACAGAACAAAGUUGAAUGUAAUGGGUAUGUUGACUGAUCUUAAGGUGCAUUUCGAAGGGGUUGAAGCAAAUUUGAAAGCUUACGUUUUGGCAGGUAACGGGAAAAGUUUAAUAGGAAGGCAAUGGCUUCAAGCCUUGGGUAUGUGGCCGAUAACUUUUAAACCUCAGUUUGCGUUGAAUUGCUUGAAUGAUCAUAACAGUAUUAUUUCACAUUUUAAAUCAAAAUAUCCCCAAUUGUUCGAUAACAGCCCAGGUAAAUAUAAAGGUAAAUCUAUUAAACUAACUUUCAAAAAAGAUUAUCAACCAAUUCAAUGUAAACCUUAUCAUGUUCCUUUCGCUUUGAAAGACAAAGUAGAUGCAGAAAUCGAUCGUUUGGUAAGAAUAGGUAAUUUGGAACAAGUUGAGGUGAGUGAAUGGGCUACUCCAGUAGUUCCUGUGGUGAAAGGGGAAGGAGUUCGUUUAUGCGGAAAUUUUAAAUUAACAGUGAAUCCUCAAAUAAUUGUUAAAAGAUAUCCAUUACCCUUAAAAGAAAAAGUGUUUCAGACGUUACAGGUUGGAACCAAAUGGUCCCAAAUUGAUUUAAAACAUGCAUUUAUGCAAUUUGAAGUUGCUGAAGAUUGUAGAGAUCCAUUGACAAUAAUCACACAGAAAGGUUUGUUUAGGUACAAAAAAUUGCCAGAGGGUGUAGCCUCCAGCCCAGCAGAAUGUCAAGAUAUUGUUACUGAUAUUUUGAAAGGUAUUCCGAAUAUUGAAGUUUACAUAGAUAAUAUUUAUUGCACAGGAAAGAAUGAUUCAGAGCAUCUCGAUAAUUUAGAAAAAAUAUUUUAUAAGUUAAAUGAAGCAGGACUUAAAGUAAACGAAUCAAAAUGUGAAUUUUUCAGGUCUGAAAUAGAGAUAUUACGAUUCAAAUUGGACAAAAAGGGUUUAUCACCAUCUCCUAGUAGAAUUCAUUCAAUUGUGAAUAUGCCUUCUCCAAAAACUAAAAAAGAACUUCAAGCAUUUUUAGGGUUAGUAAAUUUUUACGAGUCAUUUUUGUAUAAGCGAGCUGAUCAACUAAAGGUAUUGUACGAUGUUUUGAAAGCGAGCAAAUUUUAUUGGAAUUCUAAUUGUGAUCAAGCAGUUAAUUGGGUAAAGAAGGAAUUAGCAUCGGAUAAAGUUUUGGUUCCAUAUCAGUAAGAUAUUACUUUAGUUUUGGCUACAGACGCAAGUUACUCAGGGUUGUCAGCUAUUUUGUCUCACAGAUUUUCAGACGGUACAGAGAGACCAAUUGCCUUUGCUUCUAAAUUAAUACCUCAUAAUGAGUUACAUCGAUCUAUUCUAGAUAAAGAGGCAGCAGCUAUAAUUUUCGGGUUUAGAAAAUUUUAUCAUUAUAUUGUUGGUAAUGAAAUUAUUCUUAAAACUGAUAAUCAACCUUUAAAGUAUAUAUUUGGUAAUUCGAAGAAAUUGAAUGUUACAAUUCAGAAUAGGUUGUUAAGAUGGAUAUAUUUUUUAUCGGGUUUCAAAUACAUGAUUGAAUUGAUUUCAUCAUCUAAAAACAGUAAUUGUGAUGCGCUUUCCAGGUUAGCAGUACGAGAUAAGAUGGCUGUGUUUGAUUCUGAAUUAGAUGUUAUAAACUUUAUUGAAAAUGAAAGUAAUUUGAUUGAUUUAAAUUUGAUUAAGCAAGAAACAAAAAAAGAUAAGGUUUUAUGUGAUGUGAAAAGAAAGUUAAUGUUUGGAUGGUUAGAAAAUUCAAAUGAUAUUUCUUUGGAAGAGAAAAUGUAUUUCGAUAAGAAAACAGAAUUAAGUAUUGAGAAUGAAUGUCUUGUUCGAGGUUCUAGACUAAUAAUACCAAAAGCAUUGCGAAAAACUUUAUUGAAAUCACUUCACCAGUCUCAUUUUGGUAUUGUUAGAAUGAAACAAGUAGCUCGUUCGUUUUUUUGGUGGCCGGGUUUGGACGAUGAUAUAGAAAAAUUAGCAAAUAGUUGUGAGUUAUGUGUGAAAAAUAGAAAACAAAAUAACAAAAUCAGUACUUUUCAAUGGCCAUUUCCAUCUAACCCAUGGUCCAGGUUACACACUGAUUUUUUAGGACCUAUUCAAGGAAAUAUGUUUUUAGUCAUAGUUGAUGCACACAGUAAAUGGCCUGAAGCUAUAAAUAUGAAAAAUAACACCUCAGCUAGUAAAUUGAUUGAAGUUUUUGAUUCUAUUUUUUCGAGGUUUGGAUUAUGUGAUCAUUUAGUCUCAGACAAUGGUCCACAAUUUGCAAGUGAAGAGUUUAAUGAAUUUUUGAAAUCGUUAGGUAUACGGCACACAUAUUCUCCACCCACCCAGCAACUAAAGGAGCAGCAGAAAAUUUUGUGGGUACAUUUAAAAAUAAGGUUUUGAAAAUUACAGGAGAGGGUAAGUCAUUAAAUUUUGCUGUGAAUUCAUUUUUGUUUGAUUAUCGUACAAUGAAGCAUUCGACAACGGGAAAAUCACCAUCAGAUAUUAUUUUCAAAAGGGAGAUUAAAACGAGGUUUCAUCUUUUAAGAGAAAAUUUAGUUAGUGAAACAUUUUUUAAACAAUUCAAUAUGUCAGAUAAAAAUAAAAUAAGUAAAAUUGAUUUCAAGUUGGGAGAUGUGGUUUUAGUAGAUGUUUACAACAAUAAUAAGAGGCACCGAGUUCAAGCAAAAAUCGUUGAAAAAUUAUCACCAGUUACAUUUAACUUGUUAUGUGAUGGAGGACGAAUUAUAAAAAGACAUGUUAAUCAAAUAUUGAAAUUUUUAAAUAAUGACAAUGAUAUAAAUAAAGACUUGAAAGAUGAUAUAAGUAUAAGGAGAUCUGAACGCUUGAAAAAUUUAAAUAAAUGAAAUUAAGAUCCAGAAUUUCUGUUUAUAUGUAUAUUGUAAUUGAUUCUAUAUUGCAUAAUAAUUGUAUAGUAAUGAUAAUUGAUUAAAUAUUGUAUAAUAAUAAGUCUAUUAAUUAAUUGUUUCUAUAUUACAUAAUAAAAAAUGAAAAUAAAAUUUAUGAUUGUAAAUUAUUAUAUUGGACUCAUAUUGUUAAAUUGAUUUUGAUCGUAUUUGUGAAUUUUUAAAAAUAACAGAAAAACAAAAAAAAAAUUAUAAAAUUCAAAAAAUUAAAAUAUAUGAAUUCUUAGAUUAAGAUAUAAUUGUAAUUUCUGAUUAAAUCAAAUUAUACUUAUUUAAAUGGGGGAGAU